CAAAAAAAAAUGUCAUCCACCACAUACACAUAGAAAGAAGAAAAAAACAAUUAGAGCUUAAAGUUCCACGACGAUCCCGGUUCCAAUGGCGGUUUCCUCCUUCUCCGACGAAGAUAUUCCGCCGCAGCACCAAGUGUUCAUCAACUACAGUACAGAGGAGACGAGCUGCGUAAAAGCUUCCUUGGGUUUCUCGUGAAGGCCAUGAGAGACGCGAAGAUCAACGUCUUCACGGAUGAGAUCGAGGUCAAAGGUAGAGAUUUACAUAAUCUUUUCAGGAGGAUCGAGGAAUCAAGGGUCGCGGUUGCGAUCUUGUCCGAGAGGUACACCGAAUCGAGUUGGUGUUUGGAUGAAUUAGUGAAGAUUAAGGAACGGAUGGACCAAGAAAAUCUCGUCGUUAUUCCUAUCUUCUAUAGAUUAGAUGCUACAAACUGUAAAAGACUAUUGGGAGCUUUUGGCGACAAUUUUAGGAAUCUUGAGAGAGAGUAUCGGAGUGAACCUGAGAGGAUCAAGAAAUGGAAAGAAGCUUUGAUCUCUAUUCCUAAGAAGGUUGGAUUGACUUUGGCAGGACACAGGGAUGAGUCGGAAUUGGUCGAGUCAAUCGUUAAGGAGGUGAAGAAAGUUCUAAUCGAAAUGUCAAGCAAGGAAAGAGAUUAUUUUCCGAGUUCUUCCAACAGAAAAGGUCAAUCCAAAGACCACCAGACCCAAAACAACAUCAUCUCGUCUUUUGAGCCUCUAAUGUCAGAGCUGGACCGACUACCAGGUCGUUCACAAGUGUUUGUUAGUUUUUGUAAAGACGAGCUUGGCGACAACUUUGUCAUGCAUCUCGUGUGGGCGUUGAGAGACUCUGACUCAGGGAUCAAUGUCUUCACAGACACCUGCAACCCUAGAGAAAAACAACAACAACAACAACAACAAGAAGUAUUGACAAGUAGUAUAGAGAAGUCGAAUAUCGCGCUGGCCAUAUUCUCAAAGAGGUACCCGGGGUCAAAUGGGUGCUUGAAUGAGCUUGUAAAGAUGAACAAGCUUGCAAAGGAAGGAAAACUUGUGGUCAUUCCCGUGUUCUACAACGUGAAAACAAACGAAGUUAGAAAACUCGAGGGAGAGUUUGGAAUACAUUUUAGGGAUACAAAAGAGAGAUUUUCUAUGGAACCAAUGAUGGUUCAAAGUUGGGAAGAAUCCUUGAAGUCGCCUAUUAUGACAGGAAGGAUAGACUUGACCUUGGAAGCACACAUAAACGAAUUUGCUCUUGUUGGCGCCAUUGUUAGAGAGGUUUCAAGAUUACUACCAAACUCUCCAAGAAGAAGAAGAAGAAGAAAAUUAGGGAUUAGAGAAGUACUGUAUUCUUCAGGGCUUUAAUUGCAACAAUUAUCUUUGUUCUCUUCAUAUCCCCUAUGCCUAUGCCUGACAUGAAUUUCUUUAAACUUGGUAAGUUUCUAUAGGAUUUCCCUUUA